AUGUCGUCAUCUUCAACAGCAGCAAUACUGGAUGUGAUAACUCAACAAUUAACAAUAUACGCGGGUGUUUUGAUUUAUAGCAGUGGAUGUUUUGGUAACUGUAUAAAUAUCAUUAUGUUUGGCAGAAGAACGCUAAGGUCCUCACCGUCGUCAUGGUAUUUGGGCGCAUCAUGUGUUGUCAAUCUUUUAUAUUUACAAUCAUUUUUGAUUAAUCGUGUUUUACCAGUUGGUUUUCAAGUGGAUUAUUCGAGGUUAUCAACGAGUUGGUGUAAAUUUCGAAUUUAUUAUGGUCUCGUGUUAGCCAUUACAUCUCCAACAUUGGUGUGCAUAGCAGUGGUAGACAGAUAUUUAUUAUCUUGCCGUAAUGCUAACUUAAGAGCAUACAGUUCAUUGAAAAUUGCCAAAUUCGUCAUACCAAUAGUCAUUGCAUUUUGGAUGCUUGAAAAUAUCCCUGCUCUCAUAUUCUACAAUUUCAACGCAAGUUCAGUCUGCACUUAUAAUCGUCCUGAAUACACUAAUUACACAUCGUACGUACUAGCCCCUAUACUUUACGGCUUAGCUCCCAUACUAAUCACAUCCAUCUUCGGUUUACUCACGUACAAAAAUAUGCGUCAACAAAUUGCUCCAUCAUCUUCAAGAGAGCGUCGGGAUGCGCAAAUAUCAUCAAUGAUCAUGUUACAAAUAGUGUUGAUUGUUAUAUCAACAUUUCCUGCUAUGAUAAGAAAUAUUUACGUCGGCAUCACAUUAAAUAAUCAAAAAGGUCCGUCUCAAUUAAUGUGGGAGAAUUUUUUUGGACAAAUAGUUUACAUACCAUGGUAUCUGAAUUAUUCGUCGUCAUUCUAUGUUUAUAUCAUAUCCUCGGUCGUUUACCGUAAACAAGUAAAGAAGCUAUUAAUGAAAUAUUUACUGUGUGGUCGUUUCAGUGAUAAUCAAAUGUUAACAACAACGAAGGGAUCACAAACACAAGAUGCAUCCGUUCAGUUAAAACGAACAUACGGCUAG